GGGGGAAACAACUGUUGGGUAGGUUGGGUGGAUUGGAGCACUGAGGCUGCAUGCGAGCGCGACUCUACUCUACGGUACCCAAUACGAUCAUUCACGUCCGCCCGAUCGAGUCAAGCACCUGUCCUGUCUGGGUACUCUAUCCAUUAUCUAGAGGCCAAAAAGAAACUCAAUCCGUCAAUCCGUCAAUCCGUCAAUCCGUCAAUCCGUCAAUCCGUCAAUCCGUCAAUCCGUCAAUCCGUCAAUCCGUCAAUCCGUCAAUCCGUCAAUCCCGUCGAGCCCUUCCAUACUCGGUGUCCAUGCUCGGUGUCCAUGCUCCAUGCUCGAUCGAGGGGAAAGCGGUGUGGAAACGGAAAGCGGUGAGGAAACGGGGGAGGCGGAGGACUCAAGGGAGGACGGACAGGCUGAUCCUCAACUGCCGGCUCCACUCUAGAGUCCACUCCACUGAGCACUCCACUCCACUCCACUCCACUCCAAUCGAAUCGACUCUCUCCUCCGCCGCCGAGACACCGAGUGUCCGAGACAUCAAUACACCGAGACGCACGAUCUACGGCUGCGGCUAUGGCUAGAGUACGGCCACGGCUACGGCCACAGCUGAUGAGUAAGGGAGUCAAGGGAGUCAAGUCAGCCCGCAACGACGACGAAGCUGCUGGACAGCGGGCCCUUCUCACUCUAUGAAGCUCGAUAGAU